UCGGAGUUGAACGACAUCGAGAUGGAUCCCAUGGACCCUGACGAGUUUGUCCCCAACUCGCAAUCCGAGGACGAGGUAUUUUGGAAUGAAGUGGACGAAGUCGCUCUGCGCGCAGCACAUGCAGACUCUGUAACAAGAUUGCCGUCCAAGGUGCUUACUGGCGUUGAGUCAGUGUCUGCGCAAGUAUUGAAUGACCCGGUCAGCACGGAUCGUCGGACCGCUGAGCAGACAGAUCCAUCGCUAGCGCCACCACCCAAGGACCACUCUGGCGGCGGAAGCUACUCCAACGAUACCAGCGUCAUACCGGAUGCUGCUCGUGCUGCGUCCACCGAUACGCUGCCAAGCACAUUUAAUGUCGGGGAUCUGGUUGAAGUCGAGACUCGCACGUGGCCUGGUAUUAACAAGAUCGGGGGUGCAGCUCGAGUGACUCGAGUGUAUGAAGAGAAUGGCGAUGCUGUUGUGGAUGUUCGGUAUUUUCUCGGUGGGUCCGAGCGCGCUGUGUGCAUCGACUACGUGCGGCCGUCUAGCAUUUAUGAGAAGAAGUCACGCCAGCGUCGAUCUCGCAAGUUUUUCCAUGAUGAGUUUGCCAACGAGUACCUACCAACGCGCCGGGUAAUUGCACCUGACAUAGCGACGGCCUCGGCCACGGCUCCUGUUGUAACAAGAGGUCAGUUCGUCGAACCCACAAAAGUUCACAAGGUAGCCAAGAAGACGAACACUACGACCAAGUAUGUGGAUUUGAAAGGCCGAGAGAAUUUUAGUAGCAGCAGCAGCAACGACGACGACUACGGCGAUAAUACGCCACUCUAUCAUCGCUUCCAGAAUUUGAGCAAGCUCCUCAAGCCGCCCAAGGCUCGCUCUCACGACAGCGAGGGUUCCACCAGUGACAAAUCAGCUCACAUAUCAGAAGUACCGAGGCAAUUUCGGCAAGAACGAGGCGAAGUUGUGUCAGUGCUCGAGUCGCACACAGUGCGGCCACCCCUUCCGACAGGCGCGACAACCGGGCGCCUACGUGCUCAAGCUAUUCAAGCGCCGCGAUCAAAGGUAUCGUCAAGCUCGGAUGAUGACGAAAUGGAGACGGCCCAAGCCCCGCGGAAGAAGCGACGGCGGUUUGUCGGUGGGUACGAUGGCGACAACGACUUUAUUCAACCGGAAGACAACGCGAUGGAUCUACCGGAAGACGUGCAGCACGACACGGGGUUCACUCUCGCAAGAACGACGAAAUUACUGUGGCGGCAGUACCAAACGCACUCGAUGGCGUUUGUAUCAGCGUUGCAAACGUUUCAAUCUUUGCGGGACGCGCCCCUCAACCCUGCGCACCUCGAAGAAAUGCAUGCUUUUCAUAGACAGCACGUCGUGCGAGAAGAGGACAUUGUUGACGCAAUCCUGCGACGUCUUGAAGCAAAAGGCAAAUCGAUCAGCGCUGUGGAAAACCUCAAGCACGACCAGCGCAAGAGCCAAGUAAACGAAUAUGCGAUGUGGCUCAAGAGCCGGCAGGAUUUGUAUGUCGUGCCGCUCUCAGUACCGUCGACUGCUGCCGUCACUCUUUCGUCCGAGUCGGACGAUGACGAUUACAACAUGCUCUAUCGGUCGCCCGAUCGGAACCGACACAAAAGGGCACAAACGUCACGGCGGCCGGCGGAUGUCAGGUCACUCCGCCCUAUGCCCGCAAGGCAUGGCGACACAAGCGACUCGACGGAAGAGUCCGAGUCGGACAACUGCGAUUUCGAACAAGUGCAACCAUCGCAUCGAUCCAAGCAGCUACAGCUGCCACGUCGGCAGGUGUCCGUUGACGAAACGACCCCUAGCGUGGAAUCGGAUUCCUCUGCAUAUCGAAGCGCUGUAUUCCGCGAUGACGACAUGCCAUCAACUUUACACCCCACACAACUACCCCAAAAGCGACGCCAGCGACAAACUAAACUGUUGAUUCCGCCAGAGUCGACGGCACCAUCGCAGCGAGAAUACCAGCCCCAGACCAUCCGCAAUGUUCCACCUGCGAUCUUGACAUCGCCCGAAUGGAACUGGAAAAGCCUUGUCAAACACAAGCGACGAACUCCGCACGGGCUUGCUCCUGCAGCCGUCCCGCGAACGGCCCGUAAUGCGAAUAGACAAUCGUCCAAGUGGAAGUUGCGCGUAUACCGUGCCCCUGUGCACAUUGGUAGCAAAAACAGGACCGCGCCACAACGCUCCCAAGUUGAACUCGACGCUUUGAAAACAUCUCAAACAAACUCUGGCCCCACAAACAGCAAAUCUUCGACUCUCGACGACGCGCCGAACAUUCUCGAACAUACGUCCGACAAUAUUCCUGUGGGAUGGCAGCCACGGCCAGAGGACGUAGAAGUUCUGUCUACCCAACUCACCGUCGCGACUCCUGAGUCCAUUCAAAACAUUCCUUCGUGGUAUUUUUCAACUCCGGCGUGUAUACGAACGUCAGGAUUCGUGACCAAGCUGAUUCGAACGCUGCGCCACUUGCUCAUUGAUUUACAGCACACCGAAGCAAAGUUCAUGGAACAGGAAGCGGGCGCGCUCGAGACCAUCGAGGUGUCUUCGCUGGAAAGCAUGGGUACGACAUGCGCAGUGCUUCUCUCGGAACUGCGUCGACUGCACAGUGGCAACCCGAUCAACUUGGACGAGAUUCGAUGGCUACUGGACCGAGUUCCCCGAAUCCAAUCGCUGUUGGAUGAGACACCGUCGUACUAUUUCUAUUUCGAAAUGACCGAGUCGUCCAUGACGGUCUUCCUCCGAACAAUUUGCGCGCUGCACUGCCAAGCGCUCGCGAUGGACCCGCCUUCAAUGCUUGACUCGACGUUGCUGUUUCUGCUCGAGUACCACAUGCACUUUACGUCGUUCGGCGUGGCGCUGACAUCGCCUGUCAUGUCGGUGUGGCAGGCUAUCCUGACCUGUCAUCCCGAUCUCUGGAAGUGCUUGGAUGGACUGACGCAUAAACCACGAGUGAAAGCACUUGCCAAGACGUUUUACCCCCACGCAACGAAUGCUGAACUCGACAUGAUCCUCCGUGAAACGAUCUGGGACGUCGUCGUGUGGCUGGCUCCUUUGCCCGACAAAACGUUGCCGUCGAAUUGGAUGCUGGUCGGCAGUCUCCUCUCCAACUCGGAGGCCCUUCCAUUUUCUCACACGUACCAACCGCCCCAAACCAACAACGCGUCGUCGGAUGCCCUAGUUGAAGCGUACCGAAAACGAAUUCUCCAGCGCAUGCUCGUGCUAUCAGCUGCAUGGGCCCCAAGUCACGUUCCUGUCGUGAUGAUUGUGCUGAAGUUGAUGCAAAUACCACCACCAGCAACUUCGCCGCGGUUGCCACCAUUUCUGAUGGAAUUGGCACUCAAACCGAGCGAGCGCGACGCGAUUCUGACGUACGAAAUCGAAGACAGUGACUGCAGCGAUUUGAUGGGUCGUGUUAUUGUGAUGCAAAUGCUGCAGCUCGACAAAUCAGUGCUACGCAAUCGCUUUCGCCAUCCUAUUUUGAACGCGCUCAAACAGCAGAAGAAGUACGAGACCGUCGGGGGCAAGUGGAAUUGGAACAAACCCAAGCAAGCCGUGAGCCACACAACCGCACCAGUCCUGUCGUCUUCCAACACGCACAUUCACUUGAUUGCUCUUGUCAGCAUGGUGCUGGCCACGGCCAUGACGGAUGACUUGAAGACUUUCAAACGUGACUUGUCCUUCUACACAAACGAGAUUCUCCGGGUGGCGCCAGACAGUCCCACGACUGCCGUGCACGCUCUGUGGAUCCUCAUGACAGCAAUGAAGGCGCAUUUCCACUUGAUGCCGCCAUUGCUUGCUUCGUGCAAUGAGUUGCUUGUUCAAAUGACAAAGCAAUCGCAGAUCGAUCCAGGUCGAGUGGUGGAUGACACAAAUUUGUGCUUGUUGUGUGUAGACGCAAUCGAAUUUGCAUUGCACUGCCUUUUACAAGUGGCAAAAGAGUUGGUUUGUACUCCCGUGGACACAUCAUCCCUUGAUCACUUGGCCGAGUGCGUGCAAGGGAUCUUGAACACAGGAUUCGAUAGCGUCUUGCAGCUGUGCUUCAAAAAGAUCUUGCCGCCGUCGGUACUAUCGAUGGCGACGUCGAUUCUUGUGUGCCUGUGUCCACAUUCCCCCAUACCGCCACCGCUCCCUCCGUCGAGCGAAUUCGACGAAUUCGACGAUCCCGAGGAAAUGGCGCUCCUGGCAUCGUUGGAUGUAAUGCCUGAAGCGCGGGAAGUCGUCGUCCAGCUCAAAUACCGCCACGUGCUGGGCGCGAGUGCAGAAGCUAUUUUCAAAAUCCUGCGUGUGAGUUUGCAAAAGUUUGUGCUCCAUCAGUACGCGUCGACGGCCGCACUGACUGCUAUCGGCGUUCUUCUGGCGCAUGUGAAGACCUUCCAAUGGGACAUCCUUCAAGCAUCAUCGAAAGGGCCGGCGGUUUUCGUGUUUCCUCGAGUGCUUUCCACCGCCAUCUCGAAUUGCCCGACGAACUACAUCGCGCAGUUUUUGUCCAGCCACACUAAGGGCGACGUCGCGCUCCUCCGCGUGUGGCUCUUGACCCUCAUAGACCCUUGUCCACUUUUCUGGGACGCAUUGACGGCGCACUUGGCAAGUUUGCAGUCAGCAGCGUCGCUGCUGCAGUUGCUUCGCGGCUGCAUGCCGCCUUCCGGCACGUCCAAAAGCCUUACGUACGUCGACCGCGCGUCGGCGUUUCAAACGUUUUGCGCCAAUGUCGUCGAGCGAUUCAACGUUGCCGGGGACCAAGCGAACGCCCUGCGAUCCGUGGUUCUGGAUAUGCACCAUGGCUUGUUUGCGCAGUGGGUGGAGGCGUGCAGUGUGUCACUGAAAUCGCUGUGCAGCACGGCACCGCCCGACUGGAAGUACAUUCACGCGCUCUUUGACGACUCGGUCAAAUUUCGACGGCACGACAAGGAACUGUUGCAAACCAUGGCGACUGGCCGUAAAUCGAAUACGACGUUAGGAACCAUUCAGUACUGCCGCGCCGUGUAUGCAUACUUGUCAUCGAUGUUUCGGCUGUGGGGGCCCUUGACCCGCGGCACCCAACUUGUAUUUGCCACGUUUUUGCAAGAAUUCUUUCCCAGCGUCGCGUUUGCCCAGCACGACCACGCCGCCGAACUCUUAUUUGCCUCGACGCAGCUCUUUCGAACAAAGCCGAUGGCGAAGGCGCAGUGGUUUGGCAGCAAGCUGGACAAGGCAUGGGUCUCUGCCGUCGAAACCCUCCGCACGUUCUUUUCCAUGCAAGCAAUGCCGUCCCUCUUCGAUUGGAUUGCGUCGACUGCUCAGGCCUAUCAGCUGUACACAGGUGGAUUCAACUCGUCACCGCUGCGGACAUUUAUAGUGAACAUCGUCGAUCCCGACGGCCCGCUCGGCGUGGCAAGCUACUACCCGAUUGUCGACUCCCACGUUGCGUUGUCACCCGUAAAGCGCGAAAGCGACUACGUUGCGUGUGCGCUCUACAAUUGCCAGGCGCACCAACUCGACGCCGGCAUUGACAAGUCUAGGCUCCGGCGAUUUGUGCUCCACCAUGGGAUGCCUCAGCAUGUGCGGUCGGUGCAAUUCAUGGACGAUCUCUGUCCGGUGCUACAGCUUCUUCGUGCAAGCGCCUGUCAUGCCCACCAGUACGGCGACCACGUGAACCCGUUCGACUACCUCCUCGCGCUCCAAGCAUGCCUGGAAGUGCUUCUGCCUGCAUUUGAUGUCGACCUCACUCCUGCGACCUGCAUUCUCCACGUGGAACUCCUCGAGUGGAUGACCGUCUGUACAUCAGCGAACGAAGCUGUGGGUGACGCAAUGAUGGCUGCCGUCACGCAACUUGUCAUGCUGCGAAGUCUCAAGUUGUGGUCCCAACUCGAGCCGAACACAUCGAUUCUACAAAUCCCUCGUCACCACGAUGCAUUUCUCAGCGUUCGACAGCUACUGAUCGACCACCAUCAAUUUGCCUUUGGAUCAACGUUGCCGUCGAGACCGGGAGGGAGUGGCGUCAAUGCAUAUCGAGCCAAGGGAGAUUUGUUGGUCAGCGUCAAGCGAUUCGUCGCCAGUGCAAGUCGACAUCUUCAUGUCCAACGGUUGGUCUCGCCAGAAUAAACUCCAUUGCUCCAGCAGAAGACUAUAAUCAACCACGCGACUGUUGUCACAGAACAGCGCGCUCUUGCCGAUGAUCGGCCACAACGUUGUCCUUCUUUAGCAUCCCGAGACCGUACCCGAGG